AUGCCUGGACACUUUGGCCAAAAAGUCCUCAAGACCCUUGGAAUUGAUCCAAGUGGUCAUCACCAGAGCUCCAAUGAUGUUCAGCUUCAGGGCAGAUUUGCAGUGAACAGCGAUGAACGUGGAUUGUCUUCGCCCCCCAACAAUGGCACAUACCCGCGUCUGUGUAGGCUCUCAGAUGGGACUAUACUCUCCUCUUUUACCCGAUUCCCCGACGGACAACGCUCAUUGCGUGUCGCCAAAAGUACAGACAACGGUCGCACGUUCGAAGACUUCGCCGAAGUGACUCGUGCUGCAGGCGACGUGGAUAACAUGUUUUUGUGUGAGGUGGUCCCCGGAACUGUGCUAGCAGCGUUCCGCAAUCAUGACAUGGGUCCCAACGGUCCUACCCAUUUCCGUAUCACUGUCUGCCGGUCAACGGACGGUGGUCGAGUUUGGCAAUUUGCCUCCCAAGCCGCAGAGAAGCGGCCUCCCAUGGGUAUUUGGGAGCCAUUCAUGCGAUUAAAUCGUCAGGGUGAGGUUCAGCUGUAUUUCUCCCAGGAGUUCGCCCCCAACAAUCAAUGCACCAUGCUCGUCGUUUCCCGGGACCACGGAAGUUCUUGGACUCAACCGACCUGUCUUCAUGGUGACCAGGACCCACUUCGUGAUGGGAUGACUGGAAUUGCACGAACCAUUGACAAUGGCCGUGAGGCUCUGGUCAUGGUCUUUGAAACCACUCGAUACGGCCAAUUCAACGUUGAAGCACUUCUCUCAUAUGACGACGGCGUAACUUGGGGCUGGCGUCAUGAGGUUUACCAUCCACGUCAGGGCCACAACGCUGGUUCGCCGCAGAUUGCAUCGUUUGCUGAUGGGUCACUGGCUGUGGUCUUCAUGACGGAUGAAGACUCUAAACACGUAGAAUGGGUGAAGAAUGCUUCUAUUAAGGUUGUGUUUGCUGGGCGACCGCAAGAAGGACGUAUUCAAUGGACUCAAGCCUCGCCUGUCUCACCCGCCUCUAGCUUCUGGCCUGGAAUCAUGGCACUCGAUCAUUAUAAUGUGUUGGUAACUUAUGACCGAGGCGGGCCUCUUGCGAAGACGGUCACUUGGCACCCCGCCUGA